AUGACAUUGGCACAGCCUUCAUGCUGAGCCCAGAAGUGUUCCUUUCCGGAAGCGUUAAGAACAGCAGAAAAGCGGGGGAAAAUGUCUUUACUCAGGAUUGAAAACCCUUCGCUAAGUACAUUAUUUGAUGUUUAUAUGGAUUACGCCACACCUCAAGUGGUGGUUCGGUUAAAGACGAGUGACGGUCGGGAAUAUACACUGACCUUCCCCACCCCUCUCAUCAGAAAUACUUACGGCAAGAGAAUCAUCAUUUACUUCAACAACCUUCAUUCGCCAUCUAAUGGUAUUCAACUGUUUGUUAAUUGCGAGUUGGUUGGCCGAGACAACACGGAACUGUCAAUAAGAGAUCUUCUUAUUGGGAACCAUUCAGUGUCUCUCCACAAGAACUUUGACGUCUACAUGCAAACCACGUUACCGACGGUGUUAAAGGGGCAGGGUUGUGAAGGCGCUAUCCUUACCCCUCCCCAGACUGGAGAGGAAUCGCCCGUGCUGGAAAUUCCCUCCUGGUCCAGCAGCUUUUCUCCCACCAAAAAUGACGCGGAAGACACGAGACCGACAUUCCAGAGGCCAGUGCUUCCCGACGAGGACACCAACACUAUUCCCGAUAGCAUUACUGUUACAGAUGGCGAUCAAAAUGGCUUGCUCGGGGCCUUGAAACAACUCACCGCAACAGUAAAGGAGUUGAAGAGGGAAUUCCAGUCGCAGACGCGCGAAACUCGUGAGCUUAGACUUACUCUGGAAAACUGUGCCAUGUGCAGAGGUGGUGACAACCGCUCCGCUCCUGUACGAAGACGAUGCUCAUCGGAGCCAUGCUUCCCGGGGGUAAGGUGUAUCGACACGGAGUUAGGGUUCCGCUGUGGGCCCUGUCCCCCGGGAUAUUAUGGGGAUGGAGAGACCUGUACAGCCUAUGAGACUUGUAACGACAAGCCCUGCUAUCCAGGUGUUCGUUGCUAUGAUACCGCCAGUGGUUUCCGGUGUGGGCCUUGUCCACCUGGCUAUUCAGGGGAUGGAACUCUUCACGGAUGUAAACCAUUUAUAGUCACAUGUUCCUCCAGACCUUGUUUCCCUGGAGUUGCGUGCGAGGACACACCCGUUGGUUACCAGUGCGGCCCGUGUCCUGUUGGUUACACCGGAAAUGGUACGCACUGCACAGAUAUCAACGAGUGUCUCUACAGUAGGCCAUGUGACAGAUUAGCCACGUGCGAGAAUCUUCAGCCAGGGUUCACGUGCACCCCGUGCCCUCUGGGAUACACUGCUCCGCCCUUGGAAGGAAUUGGCAUUGAGUUUGCCCAACGGCACAAACAGGUUUGCAGAGAUCUGAACGAGUGUGAAGACGGAAACAACGGUGGAUGUGUACCAAACUCACAGUGUAUCAACACCCCGGGCUCCCGUCAGUGUGGGGACUGCUUGCCAGGGUUCAUAGGUAACCAGACCGUAGGCUGUCGAAAAUCCGGCAAUGUGUGUCCAGACGGACGGACAAAAUGUGACGUCAACGCUAACUGUUUACAACGACGGGGUCACGACGGCUAUCUUUGUGAGUGUAGUAUAGGUUUUGCUGGGGACGGGUUCCACUGUGUGCGAGACACGGAUCUUGACGGAUUGCCAGACGACGCCAUUCCAGACUGUCUCGACAGGAGAUGUCGCAAGGAUAACUGUAAGCUGACCCCUAACAGCGGGCAGGAAGAUGCGGACCUGGACGGGCUAGGAGAUGCCUGUGAUGACGACGCCGAUAACGAUGGAAUAAUCAACAAUCCGGACAACUGUCCAUUGGUGCCCAACCCGGCCCAGGUAGACAGUGAAGUAGACCCGGACAGUACCGGAGACGCCUGUGAUAACUGUCCCACCGUGCCCAAUCCGGAUCAGACGGACACGGACGGGGACGGGCUGGGGAAUAACUGUGACCCGGAUAUUGAUAAUGACGGUAUUUUAAACGCUGAUGAUAACUGUGUCAAAGUGAAGAAUUACGAUCAGAUAGACUCUGAUGGAGAUGGGGUUGGAGAUGCCUGUGAUAACUGCCCUAGGAUCCGGAACCCGGAACAAAAAGAUUCGGACAACGACCUGAUAGGGGACCUCUGUGAUACGAAUGAUGAUCAAGAUCACGAUGGUAUCCAGGACGACAAGGAUAAUUGUCCUACGGUGGCCAAUGCUGACCAGCUUGACACCGAUAAAGAUGGUAGAGGAAACAUGUGUGAUGACGAUGAUGACAAUGACUUGAUCCUGGACCAAGAUGAUAACUGCCCCCUGGUGUACAACCCUGAUCAGGCGGAUCUGGACGGUAACGGACAGGGCGAUGUGUGUGAGAACGACGCGGACGGUGACGGACAUCCGGAUGGUUUGGACGUUUGUCCGGAUAAUGGGGAAAUUUACUCUACCGACUUCCGAGCUUACCAGACAGUUGUGCUUGACCCGGAAGGAGAUUCACAGAUCGAUCCCAAUUGGGUGAUUCUCAACCAGGGUGCCGAGAUUGUGCAGACAAUGAAUAGCGAUCCGGGUAUAGCCGUCAGUUAUAACGCUUUCAGUGGCGUGGACUUCAGCGGUACUUUCUUCGUGAACACCGAGGUGGAUGACGACUACGCGGGAUUUAUCUUCAGCUACCAAGACAGCUCCCAUUUUUACGUGGUCAUGUGGAAGAAAGCUACCCAGACAUAUUGGCACCCGACACCCUUCAGGGCAGUGGCCGAGCCGGGUAUUCAGCUAAAACUGGUCAACUCGGACACUGGUCCUGGUGAGAUGUUGAGGAACUCGAUGUGGCAUACUGGGGACACUGCGGGUCAGGUCAAACUUCUGUGGAAGGAUCCCCGAAACGUUGGUUGGAAAGAAAGGACUGCAUACAGGUGGGAGCUGAUACAUCGUCCAGCCAGAGGCUUAAUACGUGUACUGUUAUUUGAAGAGACGUCUCUUGUGGCCGACACCGGAAAUAUCUACGACGCUUCGCUGAGAGGUGGACGACUCGGGGUCUUCUGUUUCUCACAACAGAUGGUCAUCUGGUCUGAUUUGGUGUACAGAUGUAACGAUUUCAUCCCGCCCGGCUUGUUGGAGGAAGACCCCCUUAUUCCCGGGCCUGAAGGCGGUCAGCCGCCAGACUACGGUCCCCUGCCCCAGCCGGACUAUGGCCCAGUGGACUACGAUGAAGAGUUCAAAUGAUUCCUUGCCGGCGAGAAGAACUGCUGAAUAAAAUUCACAAACAUGCCGCGGUAAAAUCCACGUCAAUGAUCAUAUAGUGAAUUUAAAUUUACCAAAAUGCUGUAGGGUUUUGUUCCAACGCACUGUAAGAGUAAAGGAAUAACACAGAAGAUUAUGAGUUACCAAGAUAACGAGUAAGAAUUUAAUCCAACCCUAACAGGUUAUUCGUGUGUGUUUUAAUUAUAUGGUAAUUACCUGCCUGGUGCAGGUAAACUGGUAGUAGUUUUAAUUUUAACCUAAAGCAUUAUGGAUUUUUCAUAAUUCUCAUAACAUAACAUGUUUAAAUGCCAAAGAAGUGUUACUGAAAUUGCUUAAUCGGAUAUUUGAAUAAUUUUACUUAAAUACGGUGCUUAGAUUUUGAUCCUGUAAUUCUGUUUUUUGGAAUAAAACAACUUGAAACCACA